AAACUUGGGGCUAAAAACUUGGACUUCCACAGGAAGUGGGACAAAGUUGAGUAUGAGAAGCUUACAGAGAAAUGGCUCACGGAAGAGAGAGAGAAGAAAGAUGGCAAAACAAUUCAACCUGUCAAGUGGGAGCUUCUUCGGCACCGAGACUACAAGGUGGACCUGGAAUCCAAACUGGGGAAAACCAUUGUUAUCACCAAAACAACUCCUCAGUCUGAGAUGGGUGGGUAUUAUUGUAAUGUCUGUGACUGCAUUGUGAAAGAUUCUAUCAACUUCUUGGAUCACAUCAAUGACAAAAAACAUCAGAGGAAGCUGGGCAUGUCCAUGAGAGUGGAGCAGUCGACGCUGGAUCAAGUGAAGAAGCGUUUUGAAGUGAACAAGAAGAAAAUGGAGGUGAAGCAGAAGGAUUAUGACUUUGAGGAGAGGAUGAAAGAGCUCCGGGAAGAGGAGGAAAAGGACAAAGCCUACAAAAAAGAAAAGCAGAGGAAGAAGAAGAGGGUGGAGGAAGACUUGGCAUUCGAGGAGGACGAUGAAAUGGCGGCCAUGAUGGGUUUUUCUGGGUUUGGCUUGACCAAGAAGAGCCACGAGCAGCCGUGGACUUUUCCUCUAGACAGAACCUGUUUCAGCUCAGCUGACACUUGAAAAUUCUUGAGAUGAUUUUGCAGGGAAUUUCUAUCUAAAUGCCCAGCAUAGGCGUUGGCCUUGGGAGCUGGGAAGCGAUUCCAGACCCUCCCGUGUGAGGCUGGCUGGGCCCGCCCUCUCAGUAGCACCCUUCUGCCUGCAAAGGUAGCAUCACACUUGCCUGUACAGUGGUAAACCUCGGUCGCAAAUAAAGAACUUUUUAAAUUAGCAUCCUUCCUCCCCCAAAGUCCUUGCAGUGCUUUGGGAGAAUCCUGUUGCCGUCCUUUUAAAUUUUUUGAAAUCUCUUCCUUUAUCAUGAAUGGGCUGCGGUUGUUUCUUCUGGAACCCCGCCCUGCCAGGGCUCUCUUGGGCCGCUUUCUUCCUUGCCUGCUUCUCACUUUGUGUUACAUGGCCUUGUGUGCACGAGAGACAUUCUUCGGCAUAUCUUUUUCUAUUAAUAA